AUGGAGGCCAUGGAGCAGUCCACUCACCACUUUCUGUUUUCCCUCCAAUUGCAGUGGCGUUCGGGCGUGAAUGGGCUGCGAAAGAACUCGGUGCGACUGGCGGAGGUCUGGAUGGAUGAGUACUCGCAGUACUACUACCAUCCCAUCGGGAACGACAAGGGCGACUGGGGCGAUGUCAGCGAUCGUAAGAAACUGCGGGAGGACCUGCAGUCCAAGAGCUUCAAGUGGUAUCUGGACAACAUCUAUCCCGAGCUCUUCAUACCCGGCGAUGCGGUGGCCCAUGGCGAGAUAAGAAACCUAGGUUAUGGCGGUCGCACCUGCUUGGACUCUCCAACCGGAAAGAAGCACCAGAAAAAGGCCGCAGGCCUCUAUCCCUGCCAUCGCCAGGGCGGCAAUCAGGUUUGUUUUGCAACAAUCUCAGCAGCCCUGCGACCGCCACAAACUCCGUUCAAGAAGCACAAGAAAACCGUAAACCGAAAACCGAAAGAUAGAACCUCUUUGAUCCGUACUCCCACUUCGUUCCCACUAUAUAUACAUCUGGCAAUGUGGUGGCAUUCUCUCCAACUCUAA